AAUCUUAUGGCUUUCAAAUCCUUAAGUAUCUAAUCUCAAGUGGUUUAAUGUCUUGGUAGAGUUGUGAGAGAGAUGUUUACUAAUAAUCAAAGACAAGACGAACGUACUGGCAAGACUGGAACACCAAGGCUUCAAUAUCUACAGGAGCUUGUGAGUCAGUUUCAGAAUGCAACUGAUGAACAAACUAAAGAGAGAACUGUAGCAAACUUGGCGAACUUUUCCUAUGACCCUUACAACUACACCAUCUUACGUCAGCUAAACGUCUUGGAACUAUUCAUAGACUGCAUAGCAGAGCCAAAUGAGAAGCUUGUAGAAUUCGGGAUAGGAGGAAUAUGCAACGCUUGUGCUGAGCCAAAGAACACUGCUACCAUUGUUGAGGCUGAUGGAAUUCCUCUUAUAAUCAAAUGUUUAUCAAGCCCUAUCCGAAAUACUGUAAUUUACGCACUGGGGGCUUUGUAUUACAUUUGUGACUAUAACAGAGCAACAAGAGAGAUGAUUCUGAGAGCAGAAGUGCUGGAUCUCAUCGAGAGGUAUGCAGCAGCUGAGACCGUCAGUGUAAGCUUUAGUAACUUGGCUAAGGCGUUUCUUGACAAUCAUGUUCAUGCAAGCACAUUAUAG